AUGAAAUAAUAAAUUGCUCCAAAACCAAAAAUUACUACUCAAUUACCAAUAUUGCCAGAAAAUAAGAGAUAAUCCAAAGAUUCUUCGAGGACUCCUCUGUAAGUUGCGUUUGAAUAUUUAGGAAAUUUAUGAAGCCAGCUAUUUAGAAUCCUUUAUCAUAAUCUCGUCUCUCAAGACAAUCAAGCAGCAUUGAAACUACAAUCUCACAAGAAUCACAAAGGAAGCAGUCUCAAACCAAGAAGCCAAACGUUGAAACUUUGGUGAAGAACAAGACGUACUUUAAUCAUCGUUCUUUAAUGAAUGAUUAUUUGAAAAGAUAAAACAUCUCAAUUGCAACUAAAGUGUUUUGUUUUAAUUCCCAAGAUGAGUAUGUUCGGAGAUGCUUAUAAAAACAUGGUUGGCUGGAAACACCCAGCAACUAACAAAUUUUUGAUCUCAAAUGGGUUUAUACUGAAAACCCUGAUGAUUUUAAAACAUUAUUGGAUGGAUAAUUUUACAAUCAUUUUAGUAACACCAAAGAACUUACCACAAAAUCCUGUCUAUUAGCAAACUUCAAAAACCAAUGCGAAUAUGGAUAUGAUACAAGUACAUUCUUUCCAAGAGCCUUCGAUUUAGGAAAUGCAACAGAUAGAGAGGAUUUCCUUAAAGAGUAUGAAAGAACUGCAGUUACCAUUAUAUUAAAAAAGGCAAUUGCUGCAUUGAGGAUGAAGAGAAAAAAUGAAAUGAAGAAGUUAAAGCAAGUAAUAAUUCAGGAAUGGAAGAAGAGAGAAGAGAACUCAAAGAUCAGGAGAAUUGAUGUGAAAAGAACUGUAAAGAGGAAAUACAAAAACAUUUAUACAGCAUAGGAAUUGGAAGAUUAAUCACAAUAAUCGGAUGUUAAGUUUGACUGUUCCAUUAUGUCUGAAGUGUUGUCUAGACUAUCUGACAUGAAAAGAUAAUUGAAGGAUGGUUUCUAUGAUGAUAAGAAUUUCGAAUUGAGUUAGCAAUACAUAUCAAAAACUAGAUUAAAGUAAUGCGUCUACAUAUAAGUUAGUUUGAUUACAUAUUCUCAAUUGUAGAAGUUUGAGAAAGGCUCAAAUCCAAGUCAAUUUUUGAUCAGAAAGCUUUAUAGUUAUCAUUUGUUUUUAAAAAAACAUGAUCCGGCUUACAAAGUUGAUGGUAUCCAUAACAUUUGGAUCAUUAAACCAGGAGGAUGUGCAAGAGGAUAAGGAAUCUAUUUAGAGAAGGAUAUCACUGAAGCAAUCAACAGUGGCUAAUAGAUGUAAGCUAGAUUGGUGUAAAAGUACAUAGAAAGACCGUUGUUAUAUAAAGGGUUUAAGUUUGAUUUGAGACAGUGGGUUCUAGUAAGGAGUUUCUAACCAUUGUAAGCAUUUGUUUUCAGUCAUUGCUAUAUGAGGAUGUGCAGUUAACCGUAUGAUGUGAAGGACACAAAGAAUUUAUUAAAGCAUUUGACAAAUUUCUCUUUAAAUAAAACAGAAUUUAAGAAGUAAGUGAGCAAUAAUAAUACAUUAGUCAAAACGAUUCAAUUUACAGCAGUGAUUUUAUGCAACAAUGGCUUCCUGUUGAUUGGUAAAAGGUAGUUAGACCAUAAUGCAAUGAGUUAAUGAUCAAAACACUCAAGAUAUUGUAGGAUCAAUUUGAAGGAGAAUCAAAAUAUUGUUUCGAAUUAUUUGGUUUUGAUAUUAUGUUAGACGAAUAUUGUAAACCAUGGUUAUUGGAAGUAAACCUAUCACCAGCAUGUGCAGAAAGAGCUGAUUGGUUACAUGAGAUGUUGGACUCUAUGGCUGAGAGUAUGUUUAAUAUAGUAUUUGGUGAAGAAUUCAGUAGACCUAAGAAAUAUUAUUAUGAGUUAUUGAUUGAUGAAGAUUAAACUUACAAUAAUUAAUAGAAUGAUGGUCAAUUUGAAAUAUGGGGAUAGAAGUGUAACAUCAAGAGAGAAAAGAUGAUUGAUAAGAGAUAUAUAGAAUCGUUGGCUGCUUUGAUGAUUUAAAAAUUUUAUAGAAUGUACAAGGCUAAAAAGAUAAAAUGGUUCUUAAGAGAUACAAAACAUGCUAUUGUCAUCUAAAAGUAUGUGAGGAGAAUGCUUGCUAACUUGUUAAGGAUAAGAUUGAAAAAUUACUAUUCAGCCAGGAAGAUAUAAACACUUAUCAGAGGAUUUCUAGCAAAGAAGAAGAAAUAUCAUUUGAAAAGGGCGAAAAUGGCAACGAAAAUACAGUGUCGAUUUCGAUGCAAUUAAGCCAUUUAGAUUAAGACUGAAUUAAAGAAAGAAUUAGCACUUUUGUAUCUAGAAUAAUUGAUGUCAUUUAAAAUAUCAACUAAAGUGGCUAAGGAUUUGAAAUAAAAGCUAUUUAAGUAUAAAAAGAUAUAAAGGUGGUGGAAAUCAUAAUAUAAAAAAAGGGUCAAUUAAAGUGCCAAAAUUAAUUCACUAGUUAAAUGGUAUCCCUCUUUCAUUAUUAUUUUAGUUUUAUUUAAAAAAGGAAAUACAAGAAAUUACUUAAAAAUCAUAGAUCUGCUAUAGUAAUUUAAAAAAAUUAGAAACGAUUUAAAGCAAUUAAAUUGAAAAAAAGAUUGGAAAAAGAAUAAUUAACCCUUUUGUUAUAAUGUUUAAUGAGAAUUAAAUUGGCAAGAAGGUAAAAGAGAUUAGAUAUCAUCCAAAAUGGAUUAGAUAAAUUAAUGAAGGCAUAUGGCAGACAUAAAUCUAGAGUAGCAAUGGUCAAUAUUUGGAAUAUGGGAUUGUUAAGGGUUAAGGCUAUUAUGAAAAUAUAGUCAUAUAGACUUGUGAUAAAAUCAAAAAGGUAUGUUCGUAGACUCAAACGAUUAAAGAAGUUUAUUAGAUUGUAGGCAUUUAUAAAAGGGUUCUUACAAAGAAAGAGAUAUAGAAGAUUAAUCAAAAGAAAAAGGGCAAUCAAGUUGAUCAUUAAAUGUCUUAGACGAUAUAUCUUUAAAAAGAAGAUUAAGAAAAGAAUCCAAUAGAAAAAGGGAAGAGGCCUUAAUCUCUACUCUUAAUAGCCUAGUAAAGCGAAUACAAUUCAAACUAUAUCUACUAGAAAUUCAUAAACUAUAUAAUAAUAAUUUCAAAGCAAAAAUGCAAUUGCUAAGAAAUAGACACUCCAAAUUCCUAAAAAGAAAUGA